CAAUAAGCGAACUUGCACGCAGUCCCUCACACGGUGUUAACCAACUGGUCAGCUCCGAAACUUGGUCUUCAUUCAUUGCCUUCAUCGACACCAUUGACACACACACUUUCCAUUUCCACAAUUCCACCAAAACCAGCACAAGAAACCCCCUUGGCCUUCCCGCUCAGAUCCCUCAACAAUGUCAUCCGAAUUCCUCACUCACUUCAAAGAAGCCGGGCAGAGCGUGAUCUCCACGCGCCGCCCCUGGUCCCAAUUCCUCUCCUUCUACGCCCUCUCCCUCCCCCACUCCCUCCAAGACGCGUCGGCGCGCGUGUCACACAACCUCGCCUACUUCCUCUUUAACUACACCAUCCUCCUCUUCCUGUCACUCAUCCUCUCCCUCCUCUCACGUCCCUUCCCUCUAAUCCUCGUUCUCUUCCUCCUCGCUCUCUGGUACUUCCUCUACUUCUCCCGCGACGAGCCCUUAAACCUCUUCAACCUCGUCGUUUUGGACGACCGCGCCGUCGUUUUGGCACUCGCUGUAUUAACCCUUGUUGUUCUCCUCAUCGCCAACGUCUGGUUUAAUCUCGUCGUGUCGCUUCUUGUUGGUGCUGCUGUGAUUUUCAUCCAUGCUGUGCUGAGAGGGACUGAAGAUCUUGUUGCUGAUGAUACUGAAUCUCCGUACGGUCCUAUGCUUAGUGGCGGUGCUAAUGCUGGUUCCUAUGCACCUGUUUGAGGAAUUUUCGGUCAGGGAUUUUGUGUGAUUCUGGAAUUAGGGGGGUAAAGAUUCUUUUGACUGUGUAGUUGAAAACUGUGACCCUUCAUGUUGCAAUUCAUUCAUAAAUAUAGAUAGUUGUGUCUUAUAAUUGUACCUUCAUUUUCCAAUUUUCCUGUCUUCUUGAUUGUGCUUUGCAAUUUUCAUGAAUGAGUUAACAAUUGGACAUGUUUUUGAUA